AUGACUUCGAACCGACCGACCAAUGACUUGGACAAGUCCCUUCUGGACAGACUCAAUGCCCUCAAGUCCACCAGUGUCUCUCUUGAUACUGAUGCUAGCAACAAGCUCAGUCCACUAAACCCCCCCUCUACCAGUACGACUGCCAAUGACACCGCACAAAUGAAGCCUUCUUUUGGUAUUGGCCCUGUACCGUCGGUCUCAAAGGAAGAUGCUCUGACCGAGAGGCUGAGGGUGCUUCGUAAUGCGUCUUCAUCAUCAGUGCCAUCAUCGUCAGCUGCUUCAGGAAGCGGUCAGGCUUCUGCCGCCUCACCAAAGCCGGGACAGGAUACACAAGCAGAAGGGCAUGGCACUUCCCAAUCUCCUCUCCACAGAGAGCAAAUUCCAGUUUCAGGAAAUGCCAAUCAACGACCACUCAAGGUUCAAGAUACAACGACCCAGACUCAAUCGCACAUCUUAUCCUCAGCCUGGGGCCUGGAAGAAGUAGACGACCAAGCCCUAGAUGAGCUUCUAGAGGGUCUACAAGAUGACCUAAACCUACAAGAAGAUGUUCCCGACGAGGCUGAGAAUGAGGACGAAGACCACAUUGAUCUUCAUGCCAUUGCCAACAACAACGACGGCAUCAUCGAAAACGACGAAGAGAGAGUCCAGAAGCUCCUGGCAGAACUCGCUCCCAAACCAAACAAUAACUCAUUUGCAGACGACAACGAUGACAAUAACAGCGAUGAUGAAAACUCAGACGGUGAAGCCAUGACCAAAGAAACCAACAAAAUCCUCGACCAAGUCCAGGACGAGAUCAACCUGAACGGCGGCCCUACAGAUCUAGACAACAACAAUAGCAACCCCUUCUCCCUCCCCUCCCCGCCCUCAGGAACACGCACACCCACCUACACUUCACCCAAAUCCCCAUCCUCCUCUCUAAACCUCCCCGCAGUCCCCACAACCCUCUCCCCUCCCCCCGGCUGCUCAGCAGAAGAAGCCGCCGACCCAAACAACAUCACCUCCCUCACCGCGCGUCUCUCCCACCUGCGCUCGACCCCGAUAAGAACCGACGCCUUUGGCUUGCCUUCAGUCCCCACCACCACUUUAAUUCUUCCCGCCGGUUCUUCUCUUCCCUCUUCUUCUUCCUCUUCGGGUUUUCCCCCGCAGCCGGUGAGUACCAAGUACCAAACGAGAUCCACAAAGGGAUGGGUAGGGAGAGGAGAAACUUACACCGACGAAGAUGUGAAAAAGUGGUGUACGGUUUGUUUGGAGGACGCUACGAUAAGGUGUGAGGGCUGUGAGGAUUUUGAGGAUGGGGGAGGGGGGGAAGUGUACUGUGUGAGGUGUUGGAGGGAGAUGCAUGUGGGACCGGCGGCGGGGUGGGAGGAGAGGGGACAUCGGUGGUUUAGGUUGAAUACUACAAAGAAUGGCGGAAAGGGGACGGGAAUGGGGGAGUGGAGUGGGCCUACUACUCCUAUGUAG